AUGUUGGUAGUUGUGGCCGGCAUAUGUUUGCUGGCGUCGGUACAAGUCGGCGAAGCUUUUGGAAUUAUAUCAAGCAAACGAUACAGAAUAAGUGGGCCGGGCCCAGUAAUGAGAAGAUCUUUCAAACUCCAUCGUCGUAUUCCUUUACCCGAUACUGCAACUUCUGACAGCCCCACAAGCGCGACCGACAGCCCAACAACUACAAGUAAAGACACAUCGGCCGAAUCUACCAACAGCGACGCUACCGACAGCCCUACGAGUACGGGUGACAACAAAUCAACCGAAACUACCAGUAGUGACACUACAAGUAAAGGCAGCCCAACCGAAUCUACCAACAGCGACGCUUCUGACAGCCCUACGAGUACGGGUGACAACAAAUCAACCGAAACUACCAGUAGUGACACUACAAGUAAAGGCAACCCAACCGAAUCUACUAAUACUGACACUACCGAUAGUCCUAGUGACAACAAAUCAACCAGUAGUGACACUACAAGUAAAGGCAACCCAACCGAAUCUACUAGUACUGACACUGCCGAUAGCCCUACGAGUACAAGUGACGACAAAUCAACUGAAACUACUUCCGCUUCGUCGGCGAAUAAUGAUGCUGCUGCCAAAAAACCAACUGAAACUACCAGCAGUGACAGCCCUACGAGUACAAGUAAAGACCAACCGACCGAAUCUGCUAGUAGUGACACUACCGAUAGCCCUACAAGCACAACUGACAAAUCAACUGAAACUACCAGUAGUGACAGUACCGACAGCUCAACGACUCCAAGUAAAGGCAAACCAACCGACGAAUCUACUAGUACUACCGAUAGCUCUACAACUACCGAUAGCUCUACAACUACCGAUGACAGCAAACCAACGCCGCUACCUUUGGUGGGAAGUAUCACCCCACCCGCCGCCGAAAUUACCCCGUCCGAUGUUCACACUACUGAGUCAUCUUCAGACAAGUCUGCGGACAAACCUACAGAGACGUCCACCGCAGAGAUUACGCCCCCACCCGCCGCCGAAAUUACCCCGUCCGAUGUUCACACUACUGAGUCAUCUUCAGACAAGUCUGCGGACAAACCUACAGAGACGUCCACCACAGAGACGUCCACCACAGAGACGUCCACCACAGAGACGUCCACCACAGAGACGUCCACCACAGAGAAGACCACGUCGAGCCCCGACUUGCCACCUCCUGUGACACCCACAGCUCCCACGGGCUCCCCUACGCAAACAACUACUCCAGUAGGUGCUUCGCCUAAUGAUAAUAGUCAAACUACCCCCACGACGAUGGAGGGGCAAUCUCCAACCGAAUCUCCUUCAGAUAAUAAUUCCAAUACAAAUGGAUCAACGCCAUCAUCAUCUACAGAUAUUGCGGACGCACCUUCAACGAGUAUACUUGACGUUCCCACUGUUGGUAUCCAGUUGCCGCCACCACAGCCUGGGGUUGAAGUGACUCCUGUAGCUACGGAUUCUAAUUUCCCAGAUAUUAUUAUCCCCGCAGGCAAUGUAGAACCGCCGGAGGACGGCGUUACAAUACAAUUGAAAUUCACUACCAUUAGUUGGGCGGACCUUCAAAGUAAUGGAAUACUGGCUUCUCAAAUUGCUGUACUGUUACCCCAGGAUAUUGCUAAUGCUAUCGACAUAUCAGCAAGUGCCAUAAUAGUUCUUUCAGAAAAUAAUGUUAAUGGAGCUAUCGUGUUGAAACUUUCUGUUCCCGGGGGAAGUUUUGAUAAUGUGAAAAGUGCUAUUAGCAAUCCCACAAGUAAGUUAUAUACCAAUGGUUCAACACUUACUCAGUACUUGGAUCCAACGUUCCCACUCAACGCAAAUUCAGUUGCCAGUACUGGUGUUACAGAUCCGAACAAUGGUGGAAACUCUAAUGCAGAUAUCUCUAGUGGAAGUGAUACCCCAAGUUCCAACAUCAUAAACGACAAUGCCAACGCAGGGUCUGGUCACAGAGCCCUGAUGGUAGUCUUGGCUGUCGGACUUUCUACGUUCUUAUAUGCUGGACUAACUGCACUUGUAAUUCGAGCGUACAAGAGGAACAAAGCUCGUGCUGGUCACCGCCAAACUGAUUACAUGUACGGUCCGGCUAUUGCAUCACCUAUGAUGCGUGAGACUGUCCUGACUUGA